AUGCACGAAGACUUCCAGACCACCACUCUAGCACACCCUGAGAUCGACUACGGCGUCGGAGUCGUCCAGCCUUCUGAGCCGUUCCCACUGGGCUCGAACAUACAAGUGGUCAACCUCCCUGCCGAUGGAUACGACGCUCCAGCAGGCCUUCCAGCCACCGUCUCGGGCUGGGGCGACACCGCUCCAGGCUGGGGCAUGAACGACUCCAGCCCAGUGUACCUGCAGCGGGCGGACAUGCACGUCGUGGACCGUGACACCUUCCGUGAAAUGAUGGCCGACAUCUCGCCAGUGACGCUGGGCAUGGCGUGCGCUGGGGAACCCACCAUGGCCGCCUGCCAUGGGGAUUCGGGCAGUCCCCUCGUCUACGGGGACACUCAGAUCGGCAUCGUGUCCUGGAGUCGGCCGGACUGCAUCAGUGCCACUGCAGUCUACGCCAACGUGGGCACUUUCUGA